UUUCUUCUCUUCAAGCUUUCAUUCCGUUCAUAAUAUAAAUUAGCCACAUUCUGUUUUGCCCAAAACAGAAAGAAAAAUUGGCGAAUUCUAGAGAUAACUUCGCCAUGGCAGCUGCUCUGAGAUUAUCAUGUUUGUGUUUUCUUCAAUUGCUGAUUGUGAUCGUACUAUUCAUCAACUCUUCGGCCGAUAACAGUAUUGAACAAGCAGAGCAAUUUCAGAGCUUAAGUAACUCGACUAUGACGAACAGGUUAAGUGGAAACGAUGAACUUAGGCAUGAACAUGCUGAAGAUGAUCCAGAAGCCAUUGCUUCCAUGGUGGAUAUGAGCAUUAGGAAUAGCACAGAGAGGAGGAAAUUGGGUUACUUCUCAUGUAGGACGGGAAAUCCUAUUGAUGAUUGUUGGCGAUGCGAUCGCAAUUGGCAACGUAAUCGCAGACGCUUAGCUGACUGUUCAAUUGGUUUUGGACGUAACGCUAUUGGUGGCCGAGAUGGCAGGUUUUAUGUUGUUACUGACUCGGGUGAUGAUGAUCCAGUAAAUCCCCGACCUGGAACACUCCGUCAUGCUGUAAUUCAAGAUGAGCCAUUGUGGAUAGUGUUUAAACGUGAUAUGCACAUCACACUUAAGCAAGAACUGAUCAUGAAUAGUUUCAAAACAAUAGAUGCUCGUGGUGUGAACGUGCAUAUCGCGAAUGGGGCUUGUAUUACUAUCCAAUUUGUUACUAAUAUUAUCAUUCAUGGUCUCCACAUUCAUGAUUGUAAACCAACUGGUAAUGCCUUGGUUAGAAGCUCACCAUCACAUUAUGGUUGGAGGACUAUGGCUGAUGGUGAUGCCAUUUCCAUUUUCGGUUCAAGCCAUAUUUGGGUUGAUCACAACUCUCUUUCUAAUUGUGCUGAUGGUCUCGUUGAUGCUAUUAUGGGUUCAACUGCAAUUACCAUUUCAAACAAUUACUUCACCCAUCACAAUGAGGUGAUUUUAUUGGGGCACAGUGAUACCUAUGUAAGAGAUAAGGUUAUGCAGGUGACUAUUGCCUUCAACCAUUUCGGUGAGGGCCUCAUCCAGAGAAUGCCAAGAUGUAGGCAUGGCUAUUUCCAUGUGGUGAACAAUGACUACACGCACUGGGAGAUGUAUGCCAUUGGUGGCAGUGCUGCUCCUACAAUUAACAGCCAGGGUAACAGAUACCUUGCCCCAGUGAACCCUUUUGCCAAAGAGGUGACAAAACGAGUGGAACCAUGGGAAGGAUCAUGGAGACAGUGGAACUGGAGAUCAGUGGGAGACCUUUUGUUGAAUGGAGCAUACUUUACUGCAUCGGGACGUGCUGCUCCAGGCAGCUAUGCAAGAGCCUCAAGCUUAGCUGCGAAGUCCUCUUCCUUGGUCGGAAUGAUUACCUCGAAUGCUGGUGCACUUUCUUGACACAAAUGUUGAUGUCAAGCACAUCAACAUAUCUAGUGAUCACAAACCACACCAUCACAUCAUCUUUACCUAUCCAUUGAAUUCAACAUUCUAAGCCAAUUUUCUCUGAUUAUCUUUCAUCUCUUAGUUUGUGUCUGCCCCUAAUCACCUUUUGAGCAGGGGAGGACACAUAAUAUUAAGGAUGGGUUCAAUUUAACCCACCAUUAUCAGCUUAAAACCUUUAAUAUAUAUGUGAGAAAUCCUAAAAUGUUGUAUAAAUAUUAAAUUCUGAACUCAUAUUUCAAAGAGCGGACAAUCUUGAAUCUGCCUUAGCUCUUGAAUAUAAGGUUCUUGAAACACUACAUUGAUUUUGCACCUGUUUGUCCAUUCCACUUGUCUUAAUGUACCCCGUCCUCAACCUCCCCAACUCCCCGAGAGAUAUAAUUCGAGUAUCUCUGGAGAAGUUUCUGAGAUGCUGUCUUCUUUUUCUUGUCCAUAUCCUACAUACCAUUUCACCAAAAUUUUAUCUCAUGGUAUCAGAAACAGAAAGAUUGUUAAAAUAAAGAAGGAUAAAAGUUAUGCAAGUCCAAUUUUUAGGUUUCUUUCUUGUUGUAGAUGUUCAGCUUCAAAAUAUUAUUGUAAUUGUUAUCCUUAUAAAAUAU